CCGUGAGGCGCAGGGAAUCCUCCACGCAGCAGGGCAUACAUUCCAUGUAAAGGAAAUGCCGGGGGCCUUCCUUCUACUGCAGACAUCCUUUCCGAGCUUCACGAUACAGGGAUGGUUCACUUCGCCUGUCAUGGAUACUCAGAUCCCACAAACCCUACAGACAGCCAUCUCCUCUUACAGAAACGGGGGGAGUCUGGCAUGGUACCUGAUCAGCUCAAGGUCUCCACACUUCUCGAUACAAACGUCGUCUCCCGAGCCUGGAUAGCCUAUCUAUCCGCCUGCUCAACGGCAGAAGUCAAAGACCAGUCAUUGAGGAAUGAAAGCCUCAAAAUCACGAACGGGUUUCUGGCUGCCGGGUUCUCUCACGUUGUCGGCUCCCUGUGGUCGGCAGACGACGAAGUAUGCGUCGAUAUGGCUGCCUCGUUUUACGAGGCCUUGGUGCGGAGGCGUGCCAGCUCGGCAGAUCCCAAUAAGGCUGUGGCUGAAGCAGUUCGAGACGCUACACUACAAAUUCGAGCUUAA